UUUUGAGCGGAAAAGCAGAUUCACCGUCCUGCUGAGAGCUUUUGUGAGCAGAAAACUAUCCUAUUAUUACUACUAUCCAAGACCCAAAUAAUGGCUUCGACGACUGGUGAAGCUUCAAAGCUUGAAAAUGGCGCAAAAAACUCCGACUGGAUGUCAAAGCUGCCGGAGAGUCUUUUAUGUGAACCGCUGAAAAAUAUUGCAAUUCCAGGAUCACACGAUUCAUUUAGUUAUUCCCUGGACAUGACGUCCCCAGUCUCACCUAGCUCACCAGACACAGUGCGCAACCUCGUCUCCACAUUCGGUAACAUGGCCAAAAAGAUCGUCUACAACUGGUCGGUCACACAGAGUCUCACCUUCAAUCAACAGUUGGAUCACGGGAUACGUUACUUUGAUCUCCGUGUCUCCACAUGGAAAGGGAAAUCAGAGUUGUAUUUCGUCCACGGGCUCUUCGGGGCAGAGGUCGGCAGCUGCUUACUGGAUAUCAAAACCUGGCUCGACGAUCAUCCUAAGGAGGUCAUAUUCCUAGACUUCAAUCAUUUGUAUGAUAUGAGUGCCAGCGAUCACGACCAGUUGGUCGCAACACUCAUAAGCGUGUUCGACUCCAAGCUGUGCCCGCUCAUUGACAUCGAAACUGCUGCCCUGAAUGUUCUUUGGGAUAGAGGGGUUCAGGUUUUAGUGUUCUACCACCAUGACAGUACCACCCAGCAGAAUCCAAUGCUGUGGCCUGGGGGCUUCAUGCCGUCCGUCUGGCCAAACGUUACAGAAGCUCCCAAGAUGGUCAAUCUCCUUGAGGCUCAUUUCACCCGCGGGAGACCUUACGGGAAGUUUCAAGUCAACCAGGGAGUUCUCACCCCAACAGGGACAACUAUCUUGCAAUAUAUCAACCGGUCGUUACUAGACGUCUUCGGACCUAUAGCCAUUAAGAAUGUACAGUAUUUCUUAAAAGAUAAGGGCAUAGGACCACGAGGAAUCAAUAUCGUUAUCGCUGACUUUGUGGAACUUGGGGAUUUUAUACCUAGUGUACUAGGGCUGAAUCAAAUCAAAUGAGUAAAUCGGUUAAAGUACUCAGUAGUUGAUAUUUAUCCCAACAAAGGGCUCGAAAUUUACCCUGGACCACAGGCCUGCCGAGGCCAGUGAUUUUAGUGUUGGGCAAGUAAACUCACGGCCAGACAUACCCGGCAAUCUCAUGCUGGUUCAACUGAAUUGCCUUGAGGCUUGAUGUUUAAUGUAUUGAACAAAAGCAAAUUAUGUUCAAAGCUUGUCUAAAAGGAACUGAAAAAUAUUGGUAAUUACUCCAAAUAAUUGUUAUUAUGACAACUUACUUGGUAACGAGCAAUGGAGUGCUG